AUGAAUAAUCUUCCACAGAUUUUAAUUGAUCCAAUUAUUAAUGAAAAGGAUAUAUUAGAGACAAUAAGUGAACCAACUGAAGAUUGUAAAUCAUUAACUGUACCACUUUCGAAAUUUUAUAUUAACAAUGACAGUGAUAAUAAUAAUAAUAAUAAUGUUGACAAUAAUGGUAAUUGUACUAACAACACAAAUUACAAUCAAAAUGAUGGACAUAUGAAUUAUAAUAAUCAUUUAAAUAAUAUUGUUGAUCAUUCUAAUAAUUUAGGACAAACUAUAUUUGGAAAAAUAUAUAUAAGAUCUGUGAAUUCAUCAAAUUCAUCAGAUAAAUAUAAUCAACUUAUUUGGGUACAAAUUUAUCAGAAAUCAUCAUCAAUUUCAUCAAAACUGAAUACACAUAAUAUAGAUAUUCCAACUUUUGUAUUAUUAUUAAAAACAAGAAUAAAUCCACAGAAUUCUGAAUAUACACCAGAUUAUUAUUCACCACCUUAUAUGACAUUUAAUUUAAAACAUACACGUUCAAGUCCAAUAGAUGAGAAACAUUUUCAUAUUUAUACAAGAUGUGGAGAAGGUAUAACACUUGAAGGUGAAAUAGCUGAUGAACAUUCUGUAUCUUACUGGUUAUCGAUUUUUAAUCAAAAUACAUUAAUUCCUAAUCAUAUGGAAUUUAUUCGUACAAAUGAAAUAAAAAUACGUUCGGCUCCUAAUUCACCUAGACAUAUAAGACGACGAAAUAAUAUUACUACUGAUAUUAAUAAUAAACAUUGUUUCAUUGAUAAUCCAACAAAUUGUAGUACACAUUCAAUUUCUCGUAUGUGUAUAUUUGAAACACUUAAUGAAACACAAGAAUUAGAAAGUGGAGUAUGA